AUGAAUCCAAAUCAGCAGUUGGUCCAUCAACACCAACAACAAAUGGCAGCUCAACAGCGUUCUGUUGCAUCGAAGAACAACGAAAUUCGUCGUUAUGUUCAACAGCCGGUGCCGAAUCGACCGCCCGGCCAGAAUUCAAAUCGGAAUGGAAUGGGAGCUAAGAAUGGGAAAUCAAUGACAUCGGUUACCAUAGAGGAAGUCCCAAAUCAUGCGUAUUUGGAGAAUGGCUUCCGCAAAAUGACUCCCCUCUCCCAAGGCGGCCUAACACGAACCGAAUCGGAUCAGGAUCAUCUGGAGUUCAGUCAUCCGUGUUUCGUGCAGGGACGUCCCGAACUACUGUCACAAAUCAAGAGGAAGAAAUCAUCAAAAGAGACGGAGGACAAAGUGGUUAACGAGCAGACCCAGCAGAGUUUGGAAAUUGUGAUGGCCGAGAUGCGUUCGAUGAGAGAGAAGGCGAAGAAUAUGGAGGAUAAGAUGAACAAAUUGACAAAAGAAAAUCGCGAUAUGUGGAACGAGAUGGGAUCGAUGCGGCGGCAUCACGAGCGCCAACAGCAAUACUUCAAGAAGCUCCUUCACUUUUUGGUGUCCGUCAUGCAGCCAGGACUAUCGAAGCGGGUCGCGAAACGAAGCGACGUCUUCUCGGGAGCAAUCGCCGAAUCCAAUUGUCUCACCGCCAUCAACAAAUGCUUCGGCAAGAAAUCAGGGAGCAGAAGCGAAGCCAGAAUCGAUGUAUAUGGGAUCCGGGGCACUGACCCAGAGAAUAUACACCGAGCAUCCAACGGAGCAGGAAAGCGGGAUCAUGAUGGGCGAAUGUUGAAUUCUGGAGCGUUCCCACAGCAACAGCAGACUUCUGGAGGUGUUGCAGGGCAGAAGAGGAAUCCGUAUAAGCAUGCGGUGCAUAAGAAUUUGAAUUCACAGAACACCUUCCAAGCCAACGACUACUACAUGCCAAACACACUUCCAGGCCAGCUGACCUAUCAACAACCUCAACAACCAAUGAGACAGAAUCUAAUGGCCAUAGAGGAUAAUCAGCCAGCCUCCGCCAUUGACCCUCAUCAGAAUCUCCAUUCCCCGACACUCCAUCUCUCCCCAUCAUUCGAUCGACAGCUUUCCCAAGAAGUUCAAGAAUACCUGAAUGGAACUGAUCAUAGUAUCGAAUCAUUCAGAGAUAUUGUCCAGAACUACAAUUGGAAUACGUUUGGAGACGAGAUGCCGUUGGAUGACGAUGAGGAAAACGGUGCGUUGUAUUUUGAUGACGUGCAAAAUGGAGGAGGAGCUGCAGGACCAUCUGGACUGCAAGGACCGUCUGAAGGACAGUACCACCAGCAGUAUCCGUUGGCACUGAAGGAUGCUCCAGAAGCUUCGUAUUACGACGCUGAUGGAGAGGAUCUCAUGGAUCCCCUUAUCAAUGGUGAUUUUCAGAUUCCGGACCAAAACUUCAAUCAAAUGCCUGACGAGGAGAUUUUCCCACGCUCACCAGUCCUCCGCACGCCAAGUCCGGAUAAUUUUAUCUAA